AUGGGAGAAACUACAAUUACUCCUAACCAAGAAUAUAAAAUCGUCAGCAAUACCAAAUCAUAUGAUAUAAUUUCAAAAUUUUUCUUAAUUAGUUCUGCAGAUGAAAAUUCCCCAAUUAAAGCUACAGGUAGUAAAAAAAGACUUAGGAUUUCAAGUUCUAGUAGUGAUAAAGAUUCUGAAACUGAUGAUUUAGAAACCACUGAAAAAAAAUCUGUAGAUUCUAGAAUCAAGAAAACUAGUCAAAAAGUUGCCAAAUUAACAACUUCUAGUAAGGUAAAUCCACUACAAUCAUCAGAUAAUUCUAUAACAGAUAAAAAAGACAACUUAGACAAAAAAAAUUGUACAAACAUAGAAAAAAGUAAUAAUAUUACUUCUGAAAGUAAAACAGAAAAAGUGGAAAAGACGAAUAAAAAAGAUUCUUCUCCAGUUAAAGAGAAAGUCAGCAAAUGUAAUGUAUUAGUCGAAGAUUAUAAUCCAACUUUACCCAAGUAUCAUCCUAUCAAAAAUGCUUGCUGGGAAUAUGGUGAAAAAGUGCCUUAUUAUGCUUUGACUAAAACAUUUGAAGAAAUUGAAAAAGUAUCUGCCAGAUUAAAAAUGAUAGAAAUAUUAUCAAAUUUUUUAAGAUCUGUAAUUGUAUUAACACCUGAUGAUUUAUUACCAUGCAUAUAUCUCAGCUUGAAUAAACUUGGGCCAGCUCAUGAAGGUUUGGAAUUAGGUUUGGCUGAGCAAACAUUGAUUCGGGUAAUCUCACAAAGCACAGGAAGAACUGAAGUUGGAGAUUUGGGAUUGGUAGCAGAAAAAAGUAGAACAUCCCAAAAAUUAAUGUUUAAACCAUCUCCCUUGAAUGUAAAUGGUGUUUUUAAAAAAUUUACAGAGAUAGCUAAUCUAACUGGGAAAGAUUCUGUAAAUAAAAAAAUAUCUAUGGUUAGUAACUUAUUCACAGCUUGCAAAGGACCUGAAGCAAAAUUUUUAAUGAGAUCUUUAAAUGGAAAACUCAGAAUUGCAUGUGCUACAACUCCACCCGGACAAAAAUAUCCGCCGAAAAAUUUAGAUGUAAGUUCCACAAUGUCUCCCGAUACGUUUAAAUCUCACGUUGAUGAAUUGGCGUUAAUAUUAAAAACGACGUAUUGCGAAUGCCCGAACUAUGGAAUGUUAGUACCUGUGUUAUUAAAGGAAGGAAUAUCCGCUUUGCCAAAACAUUGUAAAAUCACUCCCGGCUUACCCAUGAAACCAAUGUUGGCUCAACCAACAAAAGGAGUUCAAGAGGUUUUGACAAGGUUUGAAGAUAUGGAGUUUACGUGCGAAUGGAAAUACGAUGGUGAAAGAGCACAGAUUCAUUACUUGGAAAAUGGAAAAGUUAAAAUUUUUAGUAGGAAUCAAGAAGACAAUACGUCAAAAUAUCCUGACAUCAUAUCCAGAAUACAACAAGUAAAAAAAGACAGCGUGACAUCUUUUAUAUUAGACUGCGAAGCCGUGGCUUGGGACAAAGAAAACAAUGCGAUUUUACCAUUUCAAGUUUUGAUUAAACGUAAGAGAAAAGACGUGGCAGAAUCGGAUAUCAAAGUACCCGUUUGCGUUUACAUGUUUGAUCUUCUUUACCUAAAUGGAAAACCGUUGGUGAAAGAAAAAUUUAUCGAUCGACGUCGUUUGUUACAAGAAAAUUUCAAUGAAGUUUUGGGCGAAUGGACGUUUGCCAAAUCGAUAGACACUACUAAAAUGGAAGAAGUACAAGAAUUUUUAGAAGAAUCGAUCAAAGGGAAUUGCGAGGGUUUGAUGGUGAAAACAUUAAGAGAAGAAGCAACGUAUGAAAUUGCAAAAAGAUCUAAAAAUUGGUUGAAACUCAAAAAGGAUUAUCUCGAAGGAGUCGGCGAUACUUUGGAUUUGGUCGUUUUGGGUGGUUAUCUGGGCAAAGGUAAAAGAACGGGUACAUAUGGCGGUUUUCUCAUCGGUUGUUACGAUAACGAUAACGAAGAAUAUCAAAGUAUUUGCAAGCUCGGCACCGGAUUUUCCGACGAAUCUUUAGCUCAACACACGGAAUUUUUCAAACCUCACGUCAUAACUCAGGCUCCAUCGUAUUAUCAAUACGAUACGUCAAUGGAACCUGAUCAUUGGUUCGAACCCAUUCAAGUGUGGGAAACUAAAUGCGCUGAUUUUUCAUUAUCGCCCAUUCAUCGAGCUGCAGUCGGAGUUGUAGAUCCCGUGAAAGGUAUUUCGCUGAGAUUUCCCAGAUUUCUCAGAAUAAGAGAUGAUAAAAAACCGGAAGAUGCAACGACGGCUCAGCAAAUAAUCGAUUUGUAUCACAAUCAAGAACAAGUUAAAUGUCAAAAUUCAGUGAAAUUUCAAGAAGAAGAUUUUUAUUAA